AGUUUUUGCUUUCUUUCUACUGAUAACAGCGAUUUUAUCCUCGUCGAAGCUACGUACCCUACUGCGCCAGCUUCUCUCGUACCACCUAAUGACGCUAGCGAACUGGUGUCAUCGUUGGAAAAUUACCCAUUUUAUCACAAAGAAGUGCAAUACUCUACCGCUGCUAACCGUUGAAAAUAAAGUAAUUGCUUGGUAUCCUGAGGCGAAAAACACUACCUGGGGAUCGUUAUCGACAAUAAGCUUUGGGUGGCGGUCGCACGUAAACUAUAUCGCGGAGAAUUUCAAGGCGGCGGUUCAAGCCCUUUACCCUUUACUUUGAGCCCGAAACGUACUUACACUGCAACAACAAACGACGCUUAUAUUUGUUGUGCAUCCGACCGAUCAUGACAUAAAUACGCGUCUACUGCCAGGACCUACGACUCACCGGAAAUAGCCUCUUCGCUCCAAGUGAGACAAAACAAGCUGCUACGCAUUCUGUCGGGCGCGCGUUGGUUUGUUCGCAAAGAUGUCUUACGUUAAGACCUCCGGAUUGAACCUCUGGGUAACGUUUUUUGACGCGAUGCCAUCGCCACCUACGAUCGGCUCAAUCAGCAAACCAAUCGAUUACUGGCAGAUGAGAUGAGGUCAACUACGAAAUCUGGGCCGGCAUCCCGCUAUUACCGAUUGCGCAAUGGACUCUAAAUAUAUGAUAAUGGGAUAGGGAAGCUUAAAGCUAAUGUGUACGCUAUCACCUUGUUGGGAGCUUGUAAAUUCAGUGUUUCCUUUUGCUACUCGAUCGAGCACCAGGGAGUAUCAUUUUUGAAAAUUGAUAGAUCAGUUCCUAAAAAUACGAAUGGACUCCUUUAAAGUACCUACAAGUGACGGGAAUAAUUUACUGGAAAGAAUAUUACGGCUUAAAAUUCUUGAGACAACCUUAAAAGAGAAAAUAAAUAUUUCCGAAAAUUUAAAGAAUGAUGUUAACGAUUUACUUCGAUACAAAAAACAAUAUUUUGAAAUUACAAGAGAUUAUGAGAAUGCUAAAGUUCGAGUAAACAAUUUAAAACAGAAACUACGUCUCGCAAAAAGUCAAUUAAAGACAGGAAACUACCUUAUAAGAAAUCUAUUACUUUAUAAUUUAUUACUAUUAUUAUUAUUUUUAAGAUCAACGUGUUUUACUUUAAUAGUGAACUUUUUACACCAAGAAGAGCUAAACAGAAAAAAGGAAUGCGAUAUUAAGUUAAAGGAAACUUGUAUGCCAUACCGCUCCUCUCUUUCGAGAAAAGAGGAUUUAGAAGAUCUGACUGUAAAAGGACAAUUUACUCUUCAAGUCGAAAGUUUGCUGUACAUAAGAAGAAGUCAUUUAAUACAACAGUUAAUUGUGCUUUACUGUUUUAAAAAAAUUUCAGAAGGCAAGUAUUCUAUUAGUGACUUGGCCUUUCCCACUUUCCAGCAUCUCAAUGAAUUCAAAAACAAUUCCAACACGGCAGCCGUCAGUUGUUUAUGCCACUUUACGUGGAUGAUAUCAAAAUAUAUGGGCUACUCUUUAAGUGCUGCUGUACAACUGCAGGGAUCAACUACGCGCAUCUACCCAACAAGCGUCCCCUACGGUGCGGGGUAUCCUCUUUAUGUUUCUGGUGAGGAGUCUUCUCGCGUCCAACACGCCCUUCUGCUUUUUAAUAAAAAUAUUCAGCAAGCUUUACAACAACUGCAAAAAUUUAGCGAAACUACUGAGUCUGAACACGCUGUAAUUCGGGAUGCUUUAAGAGAACUUCACAAAAAACUUAAUAACUUCCUCCGAACGUUUUAAUUUUACAACAGAAGGCAUUUGUAUUAAAAGCUAUGUUA